ACAUAUCCCAGAGUUCCCGGUGAACCGCCAGAUUCAAAAUGGCGUCUCCUCAGGCAGGUUCAUACAGGUCACCAGACAGAAGAACAGCAACGCCUCCUAGAGGCCAAACUCCCACUGCAGAUGGUGACGAUGAUUCACCUAUCCCAUCAGUCAAUGAGCGGCUGGGCCACCUGAGGCCCUCUAGAGAGCUGCUGGAGUACUACAGGAAGAAGAUUGCAGAGUUUGAUGGAGACCAUGAGGAGAUGGUGAGGAAACUGGACCAGUACAAGGCCACCUAUGAGGAACAGCACAAACUGGGCUGGGAGAUGAGACAACGGGAAGAUGAGAUUGCUGAGCUGCAGAAAGCUUUAAGUGACAUGCAGGUGUACCUGUUUCAGGAGCGAGAACAUGCACGUCUGUACGCGGAGAACGACCGGCUGAAGAUCCGGGAGCUGGAGGAUAGGAAGCGGAUUCAGCACCUGCUGUCACUCUCCGGACCAGAGACUGGGGACAUCACGUACUUCCACCGCGAGCCUCCUGCAAAAGUCACCAUCCCACAGCGCAGGCCUCGCCAGCAGCAUCCACAUGACGGUGAUGAGGGCGUGGCCCUGAGACCGUCAGCAGACAGGGAAGCAGCAGACAUGAGGAGACCACACAGACAAGCCAAACCGAGGAAACUUGCAGACAAGCCAAUUUCUCCAGAGACAGAAGCCUACCAAAAGGACAAUGAGACACUUGCACUGCAUGUGGAGGCACUGCAGGCACAGCUGGAGGAGCAGACGAGGCUGGCGCGGGAGCAGGCGGAGGCCCUGCUGCAGGACAGACAGGUUCGCAUCGAGGAGCAGGAUGCUCAGCGACAACGGGACACCGACAGGAUCAAAGGUCUCACAGACAGACUACAGAAGACACAGGACCUCCUGUACAGCAGCACUAAGGACUACCUGGAGCUGAAGUACGAGGGACGCUCUGAUGAGCGACGCUGGAUGGCAGAGAAGGACCGCCUGCUUCGGGAACUGGACAUGGCAAAGGACCAGCUGAACAUUUCCCGUGAGAAAACGAUACUAGAGGUGUCUGAGGAGGGCGGUGAGGUGUCAUGGCAGGCACGUGAGCAGCACAGGAUAGAAGUGGAGACCCUGAAGCAGAGUGUGUCCCAGGCCCAGAGGUUGGCUGAGAUGUACAGGGAACAGGUGAUCCAAUUGGAGGACCAACUCUCCAAGAUACGGGAGGAGGGAGAUGUCAGCAAGGAGAUCUUCCAAGACCGUACCACUAAGAUGAGUAAGCGUGUACAGUUGAUGAACCAGCGUUACGAGGCACUGGAGCGAAGACGAGCCAUGGAGGUCGAGGGCUUCAAGAACGACAUUAAGAUGCUACGAGGGCGCCUUAAAGACGUUGAGAAGCAGCUGUACAGGGUUACCUUGGGGAUGGGUGAGCCGACGCCCGGCGACGAGUUUGACAUGGAAAUCUUGCACAAUGUCAGGAAGACGGCGGGUCGGUCCAAAAAGAUUGUGGGGGAGAUCAAACACCUGAAGGCCAAAAUUUACGGACUGGAGAACGAUCUCAGGAAAAUGUAGGGGAGGGGGAGGAUUUUAGCCAAGUGGGUAGUGUUCCAGUGGUUAUGUAAUAUAAAGUGGUUAUGUAAUAUAAAGUGUGAUGACAUUCAAACCAUAUUUAAAACUGGUAGUAAUGUUACUGGUUAUGAGGUAUUCUGCCAAAAACCAUGGCAAAAGUUUCUGUAUAUAAAUGUGUAUAAAAUGUGUUCUUUGAUUUCCAGUCUGCUGUUGAGAACAUGUGUUCAGGGCAAAAAGAGGAGUUUGUGUAAGAUUGCCUGUACAGCAGGCCACACGUGUUGAAUAAAGAAUAUCUUUCCA